AUGACCCCCACCACCUCCACCAUGGGAGUGGCCGUGUUCGUGGAACAAGAAAAGACCCGCGAUGUUGGAAACAAGUCCACAGGUACCGACAAUGAGGAUGAGCUGCGGAUUAGUGAUGUUUUGCGGAGAAAUGAAUCUCUGCACGGCUUCGAUGAAAAUGACGUCGAACACCUCAAUGGUGACGGCACUGGAGUCGGUGGCAGUCAAAACACACCAUGCGGCGCCAUCGCUCUCGUCGGAGCUACCGCUCACCUUGUUAAGGCCGUGCGUGCUUGGGUUGAUCUCGCAUGGGUUACCAUUGCACUUGCCUUUGUCGUUGCAGGACAAACGGACACCAAAGGAAGGCUUGUCGUUCUUGAACGGAGAGCCGCUCUCGAAGUAGACAGGGUUCCAGCCGAUCUUGGCAAAGGUGUUUCCGCUGUCGUCCAUGUUGAAACCGGCCACAUAUGGGGCCCAGUUUCCGUAUGGGUUGGAGGUGGAUCCCCACUGGCAUCCGUCCUCGGUGGAAACUCCUGGAGGGUUGAUGUAGAAGUGGGAGGCAGUGCUGGCCCAGUAGUCUGUGCCUGGCACGGCCAAAGUCUGCGACGAGGAGGCGUCCACGUUGGUUGGAAUCAGCAUCUCCUCGUUACCCGGCAGAACGGUUUGGCAGAAAGCAACGUUCUUGGAGGCAGAGUUCUUAGCGGUGGCAGUCUUCUUACCGUCCACACAGUAGUCGCUGCCGGAGAUCGGAGUCUCGAGCUCUCCGUUGUCGUUGCAGUAGAGUCCUCCGUCCUGCGAGCCUGGGUAGCUGUAAGAGGUGACAGAAGGGUUCCACUGAGCCAUCAGCUGGCCUGGAGGACAGGCGUAUGGACAGUAGUUACCUGGUUGGCACGACUUGUCCUGGGCCCAGCCGUCGCCGUUGACGUUGGUGAUCUUGACAAGACCUUUGUCGGUAGGGAACGAACAUUUUCCAGCUCUUUUCUCAUGAGCGUGGUGCGCAUGGUUGUUGACUGGCACACUGGUAGCCAGAACAGCAAGAGUGAAAAAGAUUGA